AAGGAUCAUCAGUCUUGUCAGUGACAACAAGGUGUGUGUUCCUUAAGGGCACCUGUCUCACAAAGGAUAGCUCAGCUGUGCACCUCUUGUCCACACAGGUUUUUUGGGAAAAAAUACACAUAUUUGUGGUUCUUUUGUGAUUAGACAUAAGACUGAAGAAAAAUAUUGUGGUUUGGUAUCUGUGCAAAGCAUUUUAAUUUGCAGGAAUUAUUUUUGUGUGGGUUUUGGCAGUUUGUGCACUAAGAUAUACCUUGGAUCAUGUUAACAGGAUCAACCACAAGGGUGAUCUGAGUUUAUCAGUAUUGUGACUGUGGAUAAUUAUUUGUUUGGAAAGCGAACAUUCCUCUCGAGACAUUAUAUGCAGCAACACUGAAUAGUGAGUUAUGAAGGAUUUGGAUAGAUGCGACAACUGCAGUUCUAAUUUGGAUUGUACUAAAUCACAGAAAUUUGUCAAGAGGAAGCAAACAUAUUCUAUAAAAAUGAAUUCUUUAACAUUUUUAUCGCUAGGAUUUUUACUCAUUUCACAAUGUGUAGCACAGGAUUUUAAGUUAGAUGUAGAAAAUUUAGUUAAUUCUUUGGAUUUUAAAAAGCCAGGAAAGACAGAACCAGUAGCUUUACAUUGGGGAAUAGCCGAUACUUCUGCUGUAGUUGGGAAAAUGUUUAAUUAUGUCAUACCUAGUGAUGCCUUUAAAGGAGAUAUAAUCAGCUAUAAGAUUAUGGAAGUUGGCAAAGAUGGAUUACCAGUAUGGUUACAUUUUGAUAGUAAAAAUCACCAAUUGAAAGGCAUUCCAAGUCCAGGAGACCUUGGACAACAUUACCUCGAAGUUAUAGUCAGUGGAUUUCAAAACUCUGUAGCCAAAGAUGUUUUCUCAGUAACUGUAACGGGAGAAUCUCUGGUCCUUAAAUAUACACCAUCAAACUCACAGAACGGGAAACCACAGGUCGUCAGAUGUAGACGAGAAGUUCCAGAAACAGCCGUCACAAUUGUUGUUGAUGCUGAUUUAGAAUCUUUACCAGCUUUAAAUAGAUUAGACUUGGUCAAUUCUGCCGCAUCCUACCUGGGUCUAGCUAAUGAUAUGAUGAAACUGCUUCCAAAGGGAGAUAAACCAAUGAUUGACAGCUCAACUUUAGUGGCGGGAUCUGGUAAUAUUAAAGAACCUAAACAUGCCGGUGUACAAGUAUCAUGGUUGGUUGGUUGUGGACAGGUAGAGAAAGAUCACAUGCCAGUUCUACAUCAUGUUGAGAAAACAGCUCUCAAUGGUAGCUUGGCUCGUGCAGUUGGUUACCAGAUAAGUGGGUGGCAAGUAACUAAUACAUUGUUUCAGGAAGCUCCUCAUAGGAGGAGGAGAGCAAUAAGAGCAACUGCUACACCAGCUGUAACAAGAAGCCCACCAACAGUCUCAGAAGUUGUAACGGUCACUGAUGUAGAGGAACCAAUGACCAGAAGUAUUCCUAUAAUGGUCUCCCCGUCAUUGGAUAUCCAAGCCACAAAGUCUGUUGUAGUACCACCAGCAACUCCAGAACCAACAGAAAUGAUGACCAAAGUUGUCACCAAAUCUACUCCAAUCAUGCCACCAACAACACCAAAAGGUACACCGAAACCAGUCCCAACCAAAACAGAAAUCUUACCAACUAAAACACAUGUGAUGACAGCAGCCCCACCUACUAAAACUACUACUGAGUCUUCCAUGAUUGAUAACACACCAAAAUGUGAUGAUGGUAGUCUGGCAGCUCCUAUCAGGAAGGGCAAAAUGAACGAUCUUGUAUUUACUGCAGGAGAAUCUAGUGUGAUUGCAGUUCCUGAUGAUUUAUUUUACGAUUGUCUGGAAGGGUCAACUGGUCAAUUACGUUUGGAUUUAUUCAUUGAUGGAAUGCAAGUCCUUAGUCCAAAUUCAUGGAUUGGUUUACAAAGGAAAAACAACAAGUGGUUUAUAACUGGAGCACCACUUGCAAAUGACAUGGGAAUGAAAAGUUAUAGAAUUACCGCACAAAAUAGGAAAGGAGUUUUCUCUCCUGCAUUUGCCAAUUUCAUGGUGACAGUUAUAAAGUCAAACAUUAAAAAUCUUGAAAAUCCUUCACAUGAGUUAGGAUUAGUCUUAGAUGAAGAUUUUGAUCAAUUUACUGUGGCCAAAAGGAUGAUUCUGGUAAAUCAGAUUAAGAGAAUAUAUCGGGAUGAUAGCACAGAUAACAUUAGCAUACUCAAAUUUGAACGUGGAUCUGUAAAGUUUGGCUGGACAAAUAAUACUCUCCCAACAGACCAUUGUCCUAUUGAUGGCAUUAAAACUGUGGUUGGCAGACUUGUCAAGGAAGAUGGUCAAUUAACAGAUAGGGCCAGGCGUAUGUUGAAAGACUUUUCUGUUAAUAAGGCUACUGCACAGCCAAAAGGAGAAUGUUUGAAUAAUCCAGACUUUCCUAUCCAUGGUGAAGUUGAACAACCAAUUGAUCCAAUUCCAGAGUAUAAAACUCCUAAGCCUACACCAAAACCUACAACAUUAACUCCAAAGAAAGAAGAACAAGAAAGUGAUGAUGAUAUGUUGAUAACCACCGUUGUACCUGCUGUUGUCAUAAUAAUCAUCCUACUGAUUGCUUUGUUUAUUGCUUGCUGUUUGUACCGUAAGAGAAGGAAGGGAAAGAUGUCAUUGGAAGAUAAAAAUACAUUUGUAAACAAAGGAGCACCGAUUAUAUUCCCCGAUGAAUACGAUGAGAAACCAAAUGAUGCUAACAAACCUCUUAUAAUGGAUGACGAAAAACCACCAAUGCCACCACCGGAAUAUACACGUGCAUCAAGUGAAAGUUCCCGAUCGUCAGAUCAUAAAAAUGAGGAAUAUGAAGAACAUGAUAUGACUGACAUGAGUUCUCCCAUGAUUCAACCUCCUCCUCCAAUACAUAGUUCUGGAGGAAACAAACAACCAAGACCUCACAUGCAAACUGCUUACAAUAACAAGCCUGCUCCAUACGUGCCACCGUAAUGCAAAAGGCUUUUUAGAUCUAUAGUUUAAAUAAAUUUGAUGAGGACUUACGUGCUAACAUACUGCAAUAUUUCCAAAAACAUAUAUAAAUAUACAUGUAUACAUGUAGAAAAGACUGUGACGUUCUCCAAGGAUCUCGCCGAGUUGGAGACAGACAUUGUCUUGGGCUCGUCACAUUUCACCCGUUAUCUGUACACUAUAUAGAUGCAUGGAUGUGAGGUAAAUGAUUGAUGGAAGACUUUCUGAACUGUUAAUUGGUAAAAUUGUAUGAAGUGACAGGAAUGUUAGAUCACAUGGUUGUCUUAAAGAUGUUGAUUCUGACCAAAGAAAGCAAUGCAAGACAAUGUACAAGAAUUGUUAUUUUUUUAUGCAAAAUGUUGUGAUUAAAUUUUGAACAUAUAGAAUGAGUUGAAGGCAUCAAGUAGGUAAACCAAAUUGUCUGUCAGUUCAUUUCUUUACAAAAAAAAUGUCAAUUAAUCUAUUCUUUUAUAUAUAUUCAAAUUAGGAUCUUAGUGCCUAGUUUUCUGUGUGACAGUGUUAUGUAGUUUUUGUGUUAAAUAUUGCUUUAAGAUUCUGUUUAUACAUGUAUAUCAUUUGGGAUUUUUUUUUAUUCUCUCUCUCUAUCCAUCUUUUAAGUGGUAUAUUUACUGUAUAGUGAAUAAUCCAGGUAUAAUUGAUGAUGUCACAGCUAUUAGGAACAAAAUGUAUAAGUUCUAAAUGUCUGUACAUAUCAGUAUCUGUACAACACUAGCAGGCCAUUCAAACAGUAUAUGUAUAGCACUAGCGGCCCUUCAAACAGCAUAUGUAAUACGGCCUAAAUGUUUGAAAAUAUGUUGGUCAAUGAUAGCUUUUAAAUGUUGGGUCCAACUAAGUGGACCAAUUAUUCCAGGUCAAAAAUCCAGCAAAAUUAGCAUCAUAGGGUAAAUUGUUUCAUUCAGUUUUCUAUUUCAUGUUUUUAACCAAAAACACUGCCCAUAAUUAAUGUUUGUUAUAAAUUUCACAUGAGCAUUUUAAGCCGCAAAAUUAUCUCACCACAUAAAUUCAAACAAAUCUUAAGAUGUGAUACUUCAUUACAGCCAGAUAACUCCCCAUUAAAAGUGUAUACUGGUAUUUAAAUAAUAUAUCUUUGUAUUCACAUGUAUAUAUUUAAAAAUGAAAUCCUCUAUUUUUCCAAAUUAAUGAUAUUUCAAACAUUUUAUAUCCAUGGUUAUGUUUUCUUUUGAAAAAAAUAUAAAUAAGAGAGAUAUAUUUGUUGCUUUUUCCAUCUUCAUAUUAUUUAUUAGUAAAGCAUUUAUGUAUUCCGAUUAGUGCUGUUAUGAUUGUUUUAUGUAUUGUACUAUUACACCACUAUAGGUAUCAUCUAAAUGUCUUGUGGUACAACAAACUUUACCUGUAGAAAGAGGACACUGUCAAGAGAAACCACAUUUUUCUAUUAAGACCUUUUCAUAGUGUCAUUACAAUCCAUAUCUCAUGCUGAAUGUAUACAUGUGUUCUUAUAUAUGUGUUUUAAAAGACUCUUUCCAUUGUACGGUCUUUUGAGAUGGAGAAAAGUGGUUUCUCUAGACAUUUCAUGUUUGUACGUGACUUUUAUGUAUAGAAUAUUUCACGUCUUCAGUAUAAAAAUAUCAUGACAAUUUCCUAUAUCCGAUACAGUAACAAUACUCAAGACUUUUUUUAUCAGGGAUCGUAUGAUAUUCAAUAUCGGAAAAGAAAAAAGAUUUCUAUUCAUGUUAGAUACAAUGCACAAAGUUUGAACUUGCUUUUAUGUGCACUUCACUUUGAACUAAAUAAAAACCUACAUAAUAUACCUUAAAAAAUUCCUUAAUAAUAGUUCUUGAAUUUUAUGACAUUUUACUUGAUAAGUUGUAAUUAUGGAAGACAUAGAUGAAAUCUUUCUUAAAAAAAGUUGAAUUUUGUUCUGUUGUGUUUGUCAUUUAUGAUGACAUAUAUUUGUAAAUAUUGCAUUCAGUUGAUGUGAUGGAUGAAUGAAUUUGAUGUUAUUUUAGUGCCUAUGAGAAAAUGACUGAGUAAAGAAAUAAAAUUUUGCCUUUUGCUAGGUGUUUCGUAGAUGUAUUUUAGUUUUUCAUUUUCUUCUGCAUUCUAUCUGUUACAUUUUACAAAAUAUUCUUUGCAUUUAUUUUACCAUUUACAAAAUCAAGAAGUAGGUCUUUGCAUAUAUUUAAGAAAAAAAUCAAUAUUUAAAUUAAAUCAUGCUUUUUUCUCAAAUGAAAGAAUUGAUGAUUUUUAUUUGAUUUUUUUUUUUAAUUAGGUUUAUAUCUAUUUAUACCUACAAUGUAUACGAAAACUUUCUCUGUAUAAAAUAUCAUAUUGAUUGCAGGGAGGAAAUGUUCUAUCUGACACAUACAUAUUUUAAAUGAAAGUUAAACUUGCCAAUGUCAUUAUACAUAUGUUUUAGUCAUUUUUCUUAUUCUUUUAUCUAUUUAUUGGAAUAAUUAUAUAAGAUGUUUUGAUACAUCCAUCUCUAUCUGUCUGUGUAAUUAGUUCAUUCUGGGAGCAUUUCUUUUCUUGUUUAAUAAAAGCCUCAGACUUUCUGGAGAACCAUACUGAUGGUAAAUGUAACAUCAUUAAAAAAAUCAAUGUUAAGAAGAUUUAUUUUUCAUUAACAGACAUGUUUCACAAAUUCUGCAGAUAAUUGCAAUACCAUUAUAGAAGCAAAAGAGAUCUAGAACAAUUUCAAAUUGAAUCUCCCAAGAGACUUUUAGAUGCCUUUCAUUAUAAAGAUAUAAUGCAAUGAUUAAUGUCAUAUAACUCUACCAAUGCUUACAACCAUGGGGAAAAGCUUUUUAUGCAGACGACACUUGCCAUUGCUGAACAUGGAGGGAAGUUAAUGGGGGCUAAUAUUUAUUUAAAUUUGUUCACCAAUUCAUCAUUCUUUUCUUUAGUAUUUUUCCAAAGACUUUAAUCUGUUGCAUAAACAUUUUAUAUAAAAACAUCUAUAUAAUAUACAUGUAUCUUACAUAUUUUAUCUGUAUCCAAUCUUCCUUGUACAUGUAUGUGCCAUACAUAUAAUAUCAUUAUUCGUCAUAAACUACUAUGGAAAAAGAUAACACUGGACCUAAAUAAAGGGACAUCAAUUAUAUUUAAAGAUUUCAAAGGGAAAUAACUUGUAAUUUUUUUAAUAUCAAAGGGAGAUAACUGUCCUAGUUCCUUCAAGACAUUUAGACAUGGGAGGGAAAACAGGGGAAUGCUGUUGUCAACUGAUGGAAGUACAAUGUCCAUAAUAUUUGAGUUAAAAUGAAAUACCACUGAUCACAAAUUUAUCCCCUGUUUUAUUAGCGAUUAUUUUAUUUUGUGUACAGUGUUUUCGCUGGAAGUAUUAUUUAUCUAUUAUUAGUGAGGUACACUACAAAUUUUAUUGUAUUGUAUGCUGUUGUAUAUUGAUUUAUUUUCAUCCAAGCAUGAUAAAAUAAUAAAUAUUCAUAAUACAA